CUUAUAAGCAUAUGAAUCUAUUUCAUUGUGGAUAAAUCUCAAGUAAAUAUAGUGUUUCAAGAAGGCAAUAGAAGCUUGGAAAUGGAGAAAAGCGUGGAAGAUGUAGUGAUUGUGGGUGCUGGGAUUGCUGGCCUCGCCACAUCUUUAGGACUUCACAGGUUAGGAAUACGGAGUUUGGUUGUGGAGUCGGGAGAUAGUCUGAGAACGAGUGGAUUUGCUCUUGGAAUAUGGACCAACGGUUGGAGGGCACUUGAUGCUCUUGGACUUGGAGACAUCCUUCGUUCAAACCACAAACAGCUAACAGGUACCAUUACUACAUCAGUAAUUUCCGGGCUUACCACUUCUCAACUCCCUUUUACAGCAAUACAUUCAUGGGGUAAGAGUGAUCAUGAACUCCGGGCGGUGAAUAGAAAGGUGCUGCUGGAAACACUUGAAAGUGAACUUCCAAAGGGUACCAUCAGGUUUUCCUCCAAGGUUGUCCAUAUAGAAACUGACCAUCAUCAUCACUUCAACUCUCUCCAUCUUGCUGAUGGAACUGUCCUGCAAACCAAGGUGUUGAUUGGAUGUGAUGGAGUGAACUCCGUGGUGGCAAGAUUUCUAGGUUUCAGUAAUCCGUCUUUCGCGGGCCGAUCAGCAGUUAGGGGCUUGGUGCAUUUUGAGAAUGGCCAUGGUUUUGAGCCAAAGUUUAUGCAAUUCUUCGGAAAAGGUAUUAGAUAUGGUGUUAUACCAUGUGAUGAUCGCACAGUUUACUGGUUUUUCGCGUUUAGUCCUCUCCAAGAGACAGAGACGGAGGUAGAGGAGGAUCCAGCGAAGUUGAAGCAAUUCAUACUGAGCAAGCUUGGAAAAGUCUCAGAUCACAUAAGGGCAGUAUUUGAAAAAACUCAAGUACAGAACAUGGUAUGCUCACCAUUAAGAUUCAGACUUCCUUGGGAACUGCUAUGGGGAAAUAUUAGCAAAGACAGUGUUUGUGUAGCUGGUGACGCCUUACAUCCUAUGACACCAGACUUGGGGCAAGGGGGGUGUGCAGCGCUAGAAGACAGCAUCGUUUUAGCACGAGUUUUGGCAGAGGCCUUGAAGGAAAAGGCAUCAGAGAAGGAGCAUCAGAGAAUCCAAAAAGGGCUGGAGAAGUUUGCAAGGGAGAGAAGGUGGAGAAGCAUUGAUCUCAUCAGUACAGCAUAUAUGGUUGGUUUGAUGCAGCAGAGUGAUGGGGUGGUGAUGAGCUUUGUGAGGGACAAGAUAAUGGCUAGGUUCAUGGCUGGGAUGCUGUUGAAGAAGGCUGGUUUUGAUUGCGGCAAGCUUACUGUUUCUUCAUAGAUAUUGCUUUGCGAUUUGCAUUCAUCUUCAUAUAUGGGAACACACAGCCUCUCUUCCCAAUGCUAAUUAGUUUGUUUUUUUAAAACUAAAAAAUAAUGAGAGAGAUUUUCUACUCCAAA